AUGGAUUCAAUCACCACUGCUUCGUCGCAGGUCAAGGGGUUUCUUGGGCUUUUCCUUGGUAGUCCUUUCAAGUUCGCGCUGACCUUGUUGGGGCUUCUUCUUUGGACCGCAAUUCAUCGUCUGUACUUCAGUUCGAUCUCACACAUUCCGGGUCCAAAGCUCGCUGCUAUCACUCAGCUCUACGAGAUUUACUAUGAUGUUUAUCUCGGAGGCAAAUUCACUUUGCAUCUCGAGUCGUUGCACAAGCAAUAUGGCCCUAUUAUCCGAAUCAAUCCGUGGGAAAUUCAUAUCAAUGAUCCUCACUUCUACGAUGAGAUCUACACUACUGUACGCCCUUUCAACAAAGUCUUCGAACAUAUAUCUUGGGUCAACCUCUUCACCGCGGGACUGGCUACUGUUCCACACUCACUUCACAAGAUGCGUCGCUCAGCCAUCAGUCCCUUGUUCUCGAAGCAACAGAUCUAUAUUCUCCAAUCAGAAAUCCAAGAUCGAGCUGCAAAGUUAUGCAACCGAUUCCUCUAUGAAUACAAGUCCACAGGAAAGGCAGUGUCGCUGGAAAGAGCUUUUGGUUGCUAUGCCACGGAUGUCGUGACACAUUAUACUUUUGCUCGAGAAUACAAAUACUUGGACUUCCCGGAUUUCAUUGCACCAACCCUCGAAACUGCUCGAAUGUUCGCCGCACUGAUUCAUGUUAUUCGCCUCUUCCCGGUCUUUCGAAUUAUAUCACAGAAUAUGCCCAACCGUUUGGUAGCAUUCAUGGUUCCUGGACUUGGCCAUUUCUUCGCUUUCCAAGAUGAUAUGUUUCGGCAAGUUACAGAUAUCAUCUCCGGUAGAAAUCAAGAUCAUGUGAAUGUAUCCCACAAAACCAUCUUCCACGAAGUUCUCAGCUCGAAUCUUCCUCCUCGAGAGAAGUUAGUCCCUAGACUAGCUGAUGAAGGGAUGGUCCUUGUACUUGCAGGAUUCGAAACUACUCGGUCGGUCCUCACCAAUACCUGCUUCUACAUUCUCAAUGAUAAAGAGGUGUGCAGAAAGUUGAAGGCUGAAUUGGCUGCUGCAUGGCCCGAUAUCGAAAACCCACCAACACUACAGGAGCUCGAGCGACUUCCAUAUCUCACUGCUAUCAUCCAAGAAGGAUUGAGACUUAGCUUGGGCGUAUCGUUUCGACUUCCCCGCACCUCGCCAACGCCUAUUCAAUACGGAAGCUACACGAUUCCACCCGGAGCCAUAUUUUCAAUGUGUCAAUAUUUCGUGGCCACUAAUUCAACCAUCUUCCCUUCUCCAAAAACAUUUGACCCAACUCGCUGGCUCGCUGAUCCUAUCACUGGCGAAAUGCCUCUUGCUCCCGAUGGAAAGCUCCUUUCUCGAUACCAAGUGUCUUUCUCUCGUGGAACAAGAUCUUGCGUUGGAAUGAAUCUGGCAUAUGCUGAACUUCAUAUUUGCUUAGCAAAUGUGUUUCGAAAGUGCGAACUGCAGCUGUUUGAGACGACAGUCAAGGACAUCGAAUUCAACCGCGACUACUUCCUCCCCCGUGCUCACCCGGAUAGCAAAGGAGUUAGAGCAUUGGUUGUUUGA